AUGCAGCUGUGCACGGUUCUCUAUGGAGUCUUUUAUUGGACAGCUGUGAUCCAUUCAGGACCAGUCAAUCAAGACAGCGGUGUGAGAUCUGCCGUGGCAGGAGAAAAUGUUCUGCUACGCUGCUUCCAUGCCAGCCAGGCAUCGAUGCACUUCUCCUGGUACCGCCAAACAUUAGGAGGCAGUCCAAAACUCUUGGCUAACAUUUACAAAUACGAUGAACCAUCCAAAGCCUUUCACUUGUUGGAAAAGAACCCUCGUUUCUCCGUGGAAAGAGGUGAAGGAAUUAAUCAUUUGCACAUUUCUAACGUCCAGCUCUCUGAUUCAGCAACAUACUACUGUGGAAGCUCCCACACCAACGUAGUGGAGUUUGGGAAGGGAGUCUUUUUGAGUGUUGAAGGACAAAAACAUCUGGAAAUCAUCCAAGAGCCAACAUCUGAGACCAUCCAGCCCGGCUGCUCUGUGACGUUUAAUUGUACGGUACACACUAGGACCUGUGAAGAAGGACAUGCUGUUCACUGGUUUCGGCAUGGAGCUCACCAGGCGGUUCUCCACACACACAGGAAUCACUGUGAAAUCAGCUCUGCUCAGCAACAUUCCUCACAGAGUUGUGUCUACCAUUUACAGAAGAACAACCUGAGCUCAUCUGAUGCGGGAACUUAUUACUGUGUUGUUGCCGCCUGUGGGGAGAUGCUGUUUGGUAGUGGAAGCAAGCUGCUUAUCGAUGCUAAAGAACAAGUAUCCCAGACAGAGAGCUUAUUCGGGCUCUUAGUGUUUAGAAGUAUGAUUCUGUUGUUCUUACUGAUGAUUUGUCUUUUUAUUUUCGCCAGUAAGAGCCAAUAAGCACAGUGUGCCUAUUGGGGUCAUAACCAUCACAGCCACAAAUGAACCCUUCUGAAGAUAAACAAUACGUGAGAGCAAUUCCAACAAUUUCAUC